AUGUGUGUUAAAGAAGACAAUGCCAAGUUUGAAUGGUAUUUUGCUAACAAGCAGCUGAAAGACCUGACAAUCGAAUGCAACUCUAUAGAAGCAGCAUUCGGAUCGGAGCUUGUUUGCGAGUGUGGUGCUUUUCCACGAAUCAAUAGCAGAGAAGAUCUGGAGAAGUAUGACCGAAAAGGCGAAUAUAAGGGUGUGCCGAUUGGUGCGAAUAGUUGGUCGGCAAGCUGCAAAUUUUAUAUGGAAUGGGAGAAAGGAUACAGUGCAGUGGUGUUCAGCGCGAACUAUGACCCAAUUAGAUUGACUGGAAAUUACAUCACAUGCACCUAUAACCCGUUGACCAAUUGGCUCCGAUCCUGGUUUGUGAACAGUGUCCGACUGACAAAAGUUCUUCUAAUCCUCAUUUUCUCACCAACAGAUCACAGCUGUUGGGUCCGGCAGCCUAAACCAACAACAUCUUCACCGAUAUCUUCAACACCUCCGCCGAUCCCGAUAGGAGACUGUAAAUGUCCACCUCUCAAAAUGUACAGUAUGAACGAUUUCAUCAGCAACAACGAGGGAGGCAAAUACUUAAAAAAUCAACAGUCUUGGAAUCCAACAAUCAGCGUCGACAAAGAUUUGUGUACAUUCAAUGUUCAAUGUGAUCCGAUUCCAGGUGUUCCAAACUACUACACUGUUGGUUUGAGAAGCAAAAAGGAGCCCGAUUUAUUGAAAGUCACUUCAUGCGAUCUGCCGGCCCAUCAAGGUUCCUUGCACAAUUCCGAGUGUCCCGAUAACUUGUAUCCAAUGCUUCACUCCACGGAUGCUUAUAUCACAACGGGCGGAGCUCGGAAACCUGAAGACGGAUUUUUCGAGGAAUUGAUGUGGGUCAAAGAAAACGACACCAAGUUUGCAUGGUAUUUUGCUAACAAGCAGCUGAACAGUCUAUGGAUCGAAUGCAACUCUCUAGAAGCAGUGUUUGGAGCGGGUUCUAAAUGCGAGUGUGGAGCUUUUCCGCAAAUCAACAACAGAAUUGAUCUAGAGAAUUAUGACCGAAAAGGCGAAUACAAGGAUGUCCAGAUUGAAAACCGUGACUUCUCUACCGUUCAUAAUUUUGAUAUGGCGAAACCGGUCACCAAAGACCAAAAUCUCAUUGCCGAGACCAAAUUUGGCUUGGAUUAUUUGAACACUUUGUCAUCUGGCAAUCAAGAAUCUUUGGUUUUUUCUCCGCUAUCAGUGUCGCUGGCACUAUCUCUGGUACAUUCCGGAGCUAAAGGAGAGUCGAGAGCUGAAAUCGAGAAGGUUCUACUGGGUGGAGCCGAUUCUGAAAGUUUCGUGAAAUACUAUUCAAAUUUGUCAAAAUCUCUAAAAACUGCUGAAAAUGAGACGGAGGUGUGUGUAGCAAAUCGAGUGUUCUUAAGAAACACUGUUCAAAUCAACAAAGAGUACCUUACUGAAAUUGCUGAAAAUUACAAUGCAGGUGCCGAAUCCCUCGAUUUGGAAAACCCAGAAUCCGCGGAAAAAAUCAACGCCUUCAUUCGAGACUCUACUCAUGGAAAACUUGACAACCUGGUUUCAACGGAUUCAAAUUCUGACGCUGUUGCUCUUCUAGUGAAUGCUAUCUACUUCAAAGGGAAGUGGGAUGAAGAAUUCGAGAUGGAUUUGACAUCUCCAAGAGAAUUUACUUUGAAAUCUGGAGAACUUAUGGCAAUCCCGUUUUUAAGAGAGAUGGAAACCGAUCGAUUAUACUCGUCAGAUGAAAAUUUCCAAACACUUGUUUUGAACUACAAGGAUGCAAGUUUCAAAUUUGCGGUUUUCCUACCAAAAGUUCACAAUGGGUUGGCAAAUGCGAUGGAAAAUUUGGAUGCUGACAAAUUCCAGAACUUGCUGAAUAGUGCAGAAAGAACCUAUAUGAAUACUGAAAUCCCAAAAUUCUCCAUUGAAAAAGAGCUGAAUCUAAAAGAAACCCUACAAACUCUAGGCAUUACUGAAAUCCUCUCCGACCAAGCUGACUUAUCUGGAAUCGCUGAAAACAUCAAAAUCUCUGAUGUCACGCAUAAAGCGUUGGUUGAAGUGAAUGAGGAGGGUACCACUGCUGCAGCAGCUACAGUAAUCAAAGCAGUUCCGAUGUGUUUAAGAAUGGAGCAACCCGUCGAGUUCAAGGCGAAUCAUCCGUUUUUAUUCUCUUUGGUUCGAGAUGGACAUCCACUGUUUUUGGGAGUUUUUCAUGGAUUCUAA